GCAUGAUUUCUCGCCAUGAAUGUUGGAAUCUCUGUGUUCCUUCAUUGAAUGAUCGUACAGAUGCCUGUGGAAAGCUUGCUGUUUCCGGUUUGGCAAAAUCCUGGCGCGCCAGCGAGAUCUACGUCAUUUUGACGUCUCAGUGUCGCGCAACAGGGGUCAAGCGGCGAGCAUACUGGGGCCUUUAUAACCAGGCGAAUUGUGAACCGUUUGGCAUUUCAUACAGAGCUCCUUUUGUCUCCAAAGCCCGUGUUGUUGUUGGUUUUUUUUAUCACCGUUGUCAACAUGGACAUGUACGGAUACAGCGGGGUCUUCUUGGUGAAACGAUUCUUGGACAAUGGCGUGUUUGAAGUCACAAACAUGUCUGACAUCAACAAGGCGAAUCCUCAAGGCUGCGAUAACGGAGCUCUGACCGACAGGUUCGGCGUCUUGAUCCAGGGACUCCUCGCCAUCGUUGCCUUCAGUACGCUGAUGUUGAAGAGGUUCCGGGAGCCUGUAGGGAUCAGACGACCGUGGAGGAUCUGGUUUUUCGACACAUCCAAGCAGGCCAUCGGUGCUCUUUUCAUCCACUUUGCCAACGUCUUCCUGUCCACGCUAACCAAAGAGGACCCCUGCUCCCUGUAUCUGAUGAACUUCCUGCUGGACGCCAUGUUGGGGAUGCUGGUCAUCUGGCUGGCUGUGAAGUUGGUGUCCAAGCUGGUGGAGUACAAGCAGUGGACUCUGCUCAUGUUCGGAGAAUACGGCGACCCUCCCCAGGCGGCAGCAUGGCUGGGUCAGUGUGGCAUCUACCUGCUCAUCAUGGUGCUGGAGAAAGGGGUGAUCAGCCUGGUGCUGCUCGUCCCCGGCUGGUCCAAAUUGCAGGAGGUGUUGCUGAGCUACAUUGCUAACCCUCAGCUGGAGCUGGUGCUGGUGAUGCUCAUUGUGCCCUUCAUAGUGAACUCCAUCAUGUUCUGGGUGGUGGACAGCCUGAUGAUGAGGAAGUACAAGACGAUGAAGAGCCUGGACGAUUCCUGUGAAAGCUCGGUGAAGAAGGCUGACCCGCUGCUCUGGGCGAACGACGAGGAGUCACGGGUCCUGCUGACUGUCGAGACGGACACAGACGAGGCUUCAGAGGGGGAAGAAGAGCCCGGUGACGUCGGACCGGCCCCUCACGUGCAGUACUCUGGAGGACCACUGAGACCCAGCUGGGUGGUGGUGUAAACCCAGGUGACGUGACCUCCUACCCGUCCUUCCACUAUCCACACACAAUCUUAAAAGCCUGAAUAUGAGCAAACAUACAAAAAAAAAACCUUGCAUCCUUAUCUCCUCAGAUUAAAGGUCUAACUAUCAGCUUCCUUGUAAGCGAAGGCACAAUUAAAGGUCAUAUAACCUGUGAAUGUGAACACUACAGCCUUAGCUGCCUUCCUCUGCACUGAAGGUGUGAAUAGUUACAACUUGACUCAGUGUAUGCAUAUAAAUCAAGUAGCAUAUUGGGAAUUAGAGGCUCUUUAUCUUCUCACCUUGCUGCCUCCGUUUUGCUGCGAGACAACAUCAGAGUAACCACAACUGAGUGUGUGCAGAGAGAGAUUAUUAGGGAGAGUACCAUCCGCGGGGCAAAAUGUGCGGGUGGUAAUGACAAAGACUGAAAUAAAUCUGUCUUUUCUCCACAUUGGGGACUUUUGGGAAUGAUGUUGCUCUAAAGAGAGUAAUUUAUCACAUAUCAUAUUCCAAAGAGGAGCAAGUGAGUAAAGUAUAUGUGUAUAUAUAUAUAUAUAUAUAUAUAUAUAUAUAUGUGCUCUAAGAUUUUACUUGGUCAAAUAUAAUCACUGCAAAUCCACCUUUUUAAUUUGUAAUUAUAGUCAUUCCUGUACGUUCUCUCCCUCUGGCUAAGUUUGAAAGGUGGUUAAUGGUCUUAUUUCUUAAAACCACACGCUCAGUCAUGACGGACCAAACAUGUUGAAAGUGGUGGUUCUGUGGAAAAGUUCUUUGCAACAGGCUGCUUUUAAAAAGAAUUAUAUGUGGGCAGGAAAUAGUUUUAUGUCAUGGUUUAAAGGACCAGGUUACACUAUGUUUCUGAAAUCAUACGCAUAUUUGUUGUGUACGAUGGAGUAUUAGAGCUACUGUAGGGGGGAGAAAAGUGAGAUUUUCUGAUGAAUACCACUCUGUACACUAAAUAUGAAGCUACAGCACACAUCUGAUUAGCUUAGCAUAAAGACUGGAAACAGCUAGCCUUCCUCCGUGUGAAGGUAAUAAAAUCAAUCACCAGUGUAUAUAGCUCACUUAAUAACAUGUUAUGUAUUGUUUGUUUAAUUCGUACAAAAUCCCAAGUAUAGAAACGACAUGUUUUUCACGAGGGGUCGUAUGGGGGACUAUUUCUUGGCCGGGAGCUGUGACUUCCUGAACUUUCUACCUUUUGUACACAGGUAGGCGAGCUGUUUCACAAUUUCAGAUAUCAGAGUGGAAUUGAUCUUCAGCAAGAAUUCAAAUAAGCACAAUUGGUUGAAAAUGUCAAAAUAUUCCUUCAAAAGUGACGUUUUGUGAUAAGAACUGACCUUUUGGUAGCGAUACUUUACAAAAUAUAACAACCCCUUUUCUUGAAAUGUUGUCCAUUAGGUUAUAUCUUUACUUCAAUUUUAUUUUUUCCUUGAAAUUAGAACUUUAUUUUCUUAAAACAUUACGACUUUAUUCUCAAAAUCUCCAGUUUCUUUCCCCUACGACUGUCCAUCGUAGUAAACUUGAUAAAGUAGCUCUGUAUUGAACUUUUGCAAGGUAUGGCACAUCUUUAUUAUUUAUUCUGUUAAUAUUUUAUAUGUAUUUGACUUUAUAUAUUGUGGUCCAAUCUGUGGUAACAACAUUGGAAUAGGAUGUUUUUUUUUUUUUUAGUGUAUGAAGUAAGUCGCUGCCAAACUACAGGUGGUAAACAUGCUCUGGGAUCAGUAUGAAUUUAUUAUGCCAUCUUUAUAUAUUCUGCUGUUUCUCAUCAUUUCCAUUCUCCUGUUAACUUUUACAGUUUAAAAGCAGAGACAGUUUACUCCGUCUGUAAUGUUAUAUUUUGUAUUCCAAUGUAUCUUGUAUGUAUUAUUAUUUUUUUUUUCAAUAUGCCAAAUAAUGAACAUGUGGAUCAAAAUGGCACAGCACAGCCUGAAGUGUCAUUAACAGGCUGUACACUGCCACGGUGCUUCUUACCGAAUGUAUCUCUUUAGUCUGUGCGAAUAAAGAUGAUUGACACAUGAA